AUGUCUUCAACAAUGGUAGGGAAUGGCUAUCAACAAAACUACAACACAUACAAUGGCCAACCUCCUCCUGACCAGGGACAAAAUGUGAUCACUUCAGGUGUGGUGAGCAAUAGUGAUGAAUACCGCCAACGGUUACGAGAAAUUCUAGGCAGUCAACGUCAGAAGGAAUAUAAUCGAUUUUUACAAAAGGAGGGUUAUUAUGAUCCCCAUCCAUCAUCCAGACCACCAGCAAAUGAGUAUUAUGGAUCAUCCACAUCACAGCCACAAAGUGUUCAGAAACUGCUGGAAGUACAAAAACAUAUUGAAUCACAAAUGAAGGAAUUACAAAAUCAAUCUGGAGAAGAAGUUGAAAAUACAACAGAUGAGCAGGAUGGACAGAACAAAAGAAUGCAUACACAAGCAAAUAAAGAGAAAAAACUCUCAAAACGAAAAGAUGUUCAGAAAAACUUGCUUGUUCAUCAGCGUGGAUUACAAACUCCCCCUUGGGCAGAACAUUUUGAUAUGGAAGAAAUCAAAACAACAGAAAAAAUUGGGCAUCAAAGUAAUAAGAGCAUAGGUUUAUCUGAAGAAACAGGUAACAUUGACAAUCAUCCAAGGAAUCAAAACCACAAGAUAAACUCAAAAGUUACUGAAGUAGAAAAAAAGACAAACAGGAAUCGUCACAGUCAUGAGAGGUAUGAACCUAGUCAACCUACCCAAUCUGAAAGUCGUUUAAGAACCAGCAAUAAAAAGGAUUUUGAAGACUCUGGUGGCAGACACAGGUUUCAAUAUAACCAAACGGAUGAAGUAAAGUUGAAUUCAUACCAGCCAGAAAGACAAAUGCAAGAGUAUGUCACUGGUAAUUAUGAGAAUGAUUUAUAUCCAAAAGGUCAUCAAAAUGGUUCACUUCCUGUGCAAGAAAGUCAGAAUGGUUCACUUCCUGUGCAGGAAGGUCAUCAGAAUGGUUAUUAUCCAGAGAAGAAAGGUCAACGAUCAGACACACGAGAAAGUGAGAGUCACUUGUGGAACAAUUCCAGAAGAAAACAAUAUGACAAAAACCAUCCUUGGAAUAAUCAAUAUAGCCAGGAUCUCUCUUCAGCAGAUUUUGAAAAACAAAUCAAAAGUCAAGAUCAACAUAGAGAAAACAAAACUCUCCAUCCCAGUCGCCAAGGUGACCAUAGACACAGCAGAGGUCAUGUAGACAAAGGUCAAAGGUGUGAAGGUCAUCAAGAUUUACAGAAGUAUAAUGACCAGAAACGAGGGAAUGUGUCACAGUCACAGGAAAGAACCAUCGAAAAUCAGUCCAGUAGAGGUCAGUGGGACAAAACUCAAUGGGAUGAAGAUCAGCUGAGCAAAGAUCACCUUGAAAAGAAUCAGAAGGAUGAAAAUUACCAAGGAAAUGAAAAAGUAGAAGACGAUUUUAUGCCAUUUGGUGGAAUGUUAAGGAGAAGGAAAGUUGAUCCAACAACCUUAAGGGCUGAGUUUUUGAAGGAGACACGGAGGAACUACAAUGAGCUAACUAUGAAGGAACAAAAGCCUUCUCCACGGAGAAUGCCUACGCCUCCAAAUGGUCUAGAUAUUGUCACUCAGGAUGAGAGGACAAGGCAGGCGAGGGAGAAACAGAGACUUUAUGGACAGGAAUUACAAAAGCAAUCACAGCAGCAAAUGCUCCAGAAAAUUCAGAAUAAUAUUGCGGUAAUUGAUAGAACAGGUCAACAAGCAGCCAUUCCCAAUCAGUACAAUCAAGUCCCUCCACAGCAGCACAGUAUGCCACCGCCCCAGCAACACGCCUCACCCCCUUCCCGUAAUGUGGCACCAAAUCCUCCUCCACAAAGCUCUUCACCACCACCACCAGCACCACAACAUGCCCAAAUGUUACCUCCACAACAGCAUCAGUCCCAAAUGAGAACCCCUCAGAUACAUCACAACCAGAUGCAAAACUUCCAAAGGGAACAUCACCAAGCCACACCUGCUGGAUCUCAAUCUCCCCCUCCCCGGCAGAGGAAUCACCCCACACCCCAUGUAGCAGACCAGGGGCACUAUGCGGAAUUUAAUGGCAAACAACAGAGUCCUGUAGACUCGAGAGAUGGUCACCGUCCCCCACCCCACCCGAGGAGAUACACCACCCCAGAUAGGCUUGAUUGGGCCCGAGGACCACCCAGACAGAAUGGAACUCCCACAGGCAGAUCCUCGCAUAGGCGUGACGAUCGACAGACUCCUAGUUACUGGAAUGGCGGAAUCCCUGUCAAGUCUCCUGCGACCACUCCCAGUACUCGCACGCCCAGCACUCAACACUCAAAUAGGACCUUGACCCCUAAAGACUCCCAGGAGAAUCCACCAGAUAUAUACCUUGAAUCCUAUCGCAGAAACCCCAUUAAAGAUUUGCGUCAACAGGAAAGGAAUAGAGAGUACAAACACUUUCUGAGUGAGGAGGAAAUGAAAGCUCAGCAGAAAAAAGAGAAACUGGAGACUUUGAGAAGGCAGCCAGCCGUUCAGCCCAAGUACGACAAUUACUCCAGCUCUGAUAACCAUCAACGUUACCAGAAAAACCUAAACAACGAACGUCGUGAUCAGUACCAGUCCUUCUUGUCACAGAAUGGAGAGCCAGUAUAUGCAUAUACUAGGAAUCCAAGCUCAGAUUUAGCCCUAAGUAGGCUUUCGGGCGGGCUGGUGGGUGGCAUAUUUGGUGAUGUACAGCACGAAAAGGAACGCCGUCAAGCGAUGGAGCAUCAGCGAAACAAAGAAUAUAAUGAUUUGAAGAAAAAGAAUAAUUCACGGGAACCUUCGAACGAGUUCAACAGAAAUCCGCCACAAUUUGGUUUACCUCUUGAUAAUGUGAAGUCAAAUGAAAAACGUCGACAGCAAGAAAACAUACGAAAUCGGGAAUAUAGAGAUCUUUUAGAAAAACAGAGUAAUUCAAGGCAACCUUCGCACGAGUUUGACAGAAAACGUCCAGAAUUCGGUUUACCUCUUGAUAAUAGGAGAUCAAAUGAAAUGCAUCGAAAGCAGGAGAGAGACCGAAAUCAGGAGUAUAACGAUUUUUUAAAAACACAGAAUCAUUCACCACGGAGAUUUCAUCCACCGACACCCGAGGAUAAACAAGGACUCCCAUUAACGCAAAAACCUUACGAUGAAAAGAAGGCAUUAAGUGAAAGGCAGAGAAACAUGGAAUAUAACCAGUAUCUAGCAAAGAGCGGACUCCCUUUUGAUAAGAUGAGUCUGAACGGAAGUGUUCACCAGUCAGCGGUAUCUAGAAAAGAAAAUGUCUACCAUUCAGCAAAGGAACCACGUUCUCCACAGAAAAGAUACCCCAGCAAGAAAAAUGAUCGAGAGGUCGAACACAGGGUUGAGGAAGAGAAGAAGAAUCAUACAAGAUAUUGGAAUAUGUUGAAUGAGAAAAAGAAGGGCGAGGUACAAAGGAGACAAGGAGACCCUUCUAUGGAUGAAAAGAACAUGUUUUCAGAUAUGGGUAAAUCUCAAGAAGCUCAAAGACAGAGAGUGCGCGAGGACGCUAAGCAAAAUUACAAUAACUAUAUCGAUCACGCCUUCCCAGAAGGUCUAGAAAGAGGACAGCCGUCCUUUGCUACUAGGAUACCGCUACCCGACAGUUGGUAUACCGCCCAACCUCCUACACAUAGACGAUCACCGCCCCGGGAUUACAGGCCUGAACAAGAAAGGAGUAGUGACCUUUACGCCGGUAGAUUGGAACAAGCACGUGCGAAUGAAGCGAUGUACAGGAGACAUGACCACGAAAUGAAUGGCCAGAGGCCUCCUCCACCAAGACAAGAAGCCCCAUAUGCGUUGCAUUAAAAUGAUAGAAAACUUACAGAAAAUGCAAGAUGGAACACGUGUUAAUGACUUUGGUAUAUAUAAUCC